AUGGCUACGCCCACAGUUUCAACCUUCGUUGGCUACGUGAUCCUGCAGCCCAUCAUCGUGGGGAUGAGCACUGCUGUGCUUUCUUCCUUCCUGUCCUACGAAAUCGCUGGACAGAUUGACUGGAGGCCGAUCACUGUAUGCUUGACAUGCGACAUUCUUACUGUCAGUGUUGACCACUUGAAGGAUCAAGAAGUUGUCAUUGGUGCCCUGGGUGCGCCUGCCAUGAAGCGCUUUACCCCCCUGUUCCGCCUUGCCCGUGUUUUUCUGGCGUUAAAUGCGUCGCUCCUUGUGAUGGCUUUAUGUCAAAGUCCAUCAGAAGUGACAUUCAUCACCGCAGUCUUCACUGCCCCCGCUUUCCUGUGGGUGACGCCGCUUGAUCUUCAGUGGAUCGACAGGGUAUUGAAGAGAUUCAUACUGGCAAAUUAUGAUCGAGAAGUGGGAUAUAAUUCACCCAGAUCUAAAGAACCAUUGAUCAUCAAACGAAUUCCUGGCGUAAAGGCUAUAUUGGAUGGUAUCAUUCGGAGCUGUAUGCCAUUCCUCGUCGUCCACUCAGCACUGCAGUUAUCAUGGCAAUCAGCCCAUAAAGUGCCUCCAUGGACGGUCACUGAGACUAUGAUUUGGUCGAUAGUCAAUCGCAUUUGUCACUGUAUUAUGGCCGAUGUGCGGGACUAUCACGAGGAUAAGAAGACUGGAGUCCCGACCAUACCCAUCCUUCUGGAGUCUCCCCUUAAGACCCGAAUAGUCUUGACUGUCGUUCAAGCAGUCGUUAUGAUGGCCUUCCUCCACAAUCCAUUCAUUGUAGGGAGUUCCUGUUUCGCAAUUGCUCUUGUUUGGAUUCUAGGGAAAGAUUCUCCGAAAGCUUACUUCCGUUUCAGUCUUCACUCACAGUCGAUAUUCAUUAUCAUGUACGCUGUUAUGUUCGCUUUGCUCUAG